AAAUUGAUUUUAAACAUAGCCAAACACAGAAAGUUUGAGUUGGAGCAAUGGAGAAUCUUAAUAUUUCGGACCCAGCAGCAGCCGGAGAUGCCGGUCAUGUCCAGCUGAAUGGUCAUAAGCAGGACGCCGGUGAAAAUGCAUUGUUCACCUCACACAUGGCCGUAUUGGAGAAUGGGACUGCACAGUUUAUACUGCGGGCCCUCAAGAUGAAUGGCAGCACAAUGCUGAUUGUCAAUUCAAAGGAAAAUGAGGUAUUCGAUGAGCUGGCUGUGGGCAUGCCCGCACGCGACUCCACCAAAAGCGAUGCACUUUCCUCGACCCUUAUGGGCGGAUACGGCCAAACUGAGUCAUCUGUUCUGGCCGCCAAGCUGAGCAAGCGCUACGGCCGCCAGUUCUUCGUGAGCUUAAACAUUGGAGGAGAUCGUCUGGUGACUCCGUUGUUCGAAAAAUCGCUCGUCACCUACAUGCAGAGCCAUCUGGAUCAUUUCGUAUAGGCCUGUAUCUGCAUAGCCGGCAACUGAUGACACUGCGCCGUGUGGGGGUCACAGGCGUUGGGUGCGUUUAUUUUGGUGAUUGCUGGCGACCCCACGGACGCCGCUCUCUCGCCGAACCGAACUCCAUUCUCCGCUCAGACGACGACAACAACACAGCCCGCGCGACAUGCGUCGAUCGAGUGAGCGCGAACUUUAAAAGUACAACGGAAUUAUUUAGUCUAAUAAAUUUAUUACCCCAAAAAGUAA